CGCACCACCUCCUUCGUGUCCUUCACUCCCGCCCUUUCAUGGCUUCCGCUCUCGCUCUCUCACCCACUCUUCUCCCUCUCUCUCGCCAUCGCCGGAGUAUCUUCUCUCCGGCGGCCCAAAUUCCUCUCCUUUCUUCGAUUCCCAGACCUCAUCUUCUUCGAGGAAUCGUCUCCCUGCCUCUCGUUCCCUCCGGCCGCGUUCUCUGGCGAGUUAGGGCGGAAUCUACAAAGCAGGAGCGAGAACCCAUGGUCCCUCCUUUCAAUGUCCUCAUCACCGGAUCAACCAAAGGUAUUGGGCUUGCAUUUGCUAAAGAGUUUUUAAAAGCAGGUGACAAUGUUGUUGUAUGCUCAAGAUCAGCCGAACGUGUAGAAUUAACAAUUAAACAACUCACAGAAGAAUUCGGGGAGAAGCAUGUGUGGGGAACUGUCUGUGAUGUUAGAAAAGGAGAGGAUGUCAAGGCUCUCAUUACCUUUGCACGGGAUAAGCUGAAUUACAUUGAUAUAUGGAUCAACAAUGCUGGAUCUAAUGCAUACAGCUACAAACCAUUGGCUGAAACUGCUGACGAUGAUCUUAUGGAAGUUGUUACGACAAAUACUAUUGGAGUAAUGAUUUGUUGCCGCGAGGCGAUCAAUAUGAUGUUGAAUCAACCUCGAGGUGGACAUAUAUUUAACAUUGAUGGUGCUGGUUCAGAUGGAAGGCCAACCCCACGUUUUGCAGCAUAUGGGGCAACCAAACAAAGCGUUGUGCACCUAACGAAGUCCUUACAGGCGGAACUACAAAUGCAAGACGUAAAAAAUGUUAUGGUGCAUAACCUAUCGCCUGGUAUGGUCACAACUGAUCUUCUUAUGUCAGGUGCCAACACAAAACAAGCCAAAUUUUUCAUCAAUAUUUUAGCCGAGCCGCCUGAUGUGGUUGCUGAAUACCUCGUCCCAAGCAUUCGAUCUGUUCCAAGCAGGCAAUCUAUGAGGCCAACCUACAUUCGGUUUCUUACCGGCUUGAAAGCCUAUUCACAAAUAUUCUCAAGGCUUGCUUUUGGAGCUCGGAGAAACCGGUAUGUCAUUGAAGAUUAAUGGACGUAAGUUCUUCUGUUCAUUCUGCAUUCCCCACACAAAUAUUUUUUUCAAAGUAAUAUUUCUCCACACUAUGUUUGUUAUAUUCAGAUUUGAAUUGGAUUGAUUCAUUUCUCUCUUGCAAACAUUAUAUUUUCUUGUAUUUGUACAGUAGACUUCUCAUUAUUUUUAGAUAAACUUGAUUUUUCCUGAA